AUGACGCAGCCUGGAGCAGUGAAUGUUGAGCCUGAGGUAACAGCAGAGGCGGCUCCGGUGACUGAGUCUGCUCCUGCAGCUGAAGCAGAAAAGCCGGCAGAGGCACCCGCUGAGCCGUCCCAAGAAGGAGGAGAGAAGAAGGAAGAACCCGCCGCAGAGCCAGCAAAAACUGAAGAGAAGCCUGCCGCACCAGCCCAGAAGACCCAGAAAGAAAAGCAGGCCGAUCUUAUCAACCAAUUUGUCGCCUGGGCAAGAGCUAUUCUAGGAUUCGAGGAAGGAAAGGUGCCCAUUGGCAGCACUUCAAUUGAUGUUGAGUAUCUUGUGCCACUUAUGUAUGUCCUCAAUAUGCUCAAGAAGGACAUAUGGGAUGGUUGCGUGACAUUGGCUGGGUGA